AUGAUUUUCCUUUUGGGUUUGGCGCUGCUGCGAGGAAGAGUAGGAGACAGAGAGGCCUGGCACUGCGGGGCGGUCCUCAUUCACCCCCGCUACGUGCUCACCGCCGGACAUUGCGUCAGAGACCCCAAUAUACCAAAUCUUUCUCUCCUGGGCGUGCGCCUCGGGGAGCUCAACCUCACGACGAACCCGGACUGCCAGCUCGGCCUCUGCAGCUCCGUGGUCGACGUGGGCGUGGAGCAGAUCCUCGUCCACCCCGAGUACAACAGGGCCUGCCUCGCGUGCCACGACCUGGCGCUCGUCAGGCUGAGUCGCGCCAUCGAGAACCUUCUGCCCCAGAUAUACCCGAUCUGCCUCCCUCUGGAUCCUGAAGGAGAGCUCGGUGGCAGCACUGACGCCCUUCAUAACUCUCGUGACUGGGGCUGGAUCGCUGGCUGGGGCUCCGUCUCGGGAGACCCUUUCAACGCCCAGCUGCCGACCGUGCUGCAGAAGGCUCAGGUGCCCCUCACGCCAACGCCCUUUUGUGAUGCCCUCCAGCAGAGGUACCCUGACCCUUCGUCCACCCUUUGUGCGGGCGGCGAGGGCCCAUUUACGUGCAAGGGGGACUCGGGGGGCCCUCUUAUGAUCGACAAUCGCAUGAGGACGAGGUGGUACGUCUUGGGCAUCACCAGCAAAGGGCCUAGGGUAUGUGGCGCCCCGAAUACGCAGACGCUGUUCACGAACGUCCACCACCACCUGUCCUGGAUCCUCUCCAACCUGAGGCCCUAACUACUGGUGAAGCCGCCGGAUAUUGAAAAAAUAAUAAAAAAAAAUAUAUAUACAUCUCAGACAGGCAAUGAACUAAAAGCGAAAAGAUAUUUGUGUAUAUGAUUUCAUUUAAUAAGUAAUAUACUCAUUUAGACUUCAUGCUCCUUAAAAUGCUAUUAGAACAUGUGAUGUGCCUUUAAAAAGAUCUUGAUGGAAUAGAACUAUAUGUCUCCUA